UUGAUGGAUGGGUGGACGAAGGAGAAAAUGGAUGCGUGAGAAAUUUUGCACUUUAUUAGCUUUAGUGUGUCGUACUUCAUUUGGACUGCGUGGGGACAAUGGUUAACUGUGCACACUGCAAGGGAUACACCUUCACUUUUUUUUUCCAGCUGGGGUGUUGCCGGAUACUGAUGUUAUGAGAAUAGACGAUUCACAAGCUGUGGAAAUAAUCUGAAAUUUGUAGUCUUGGAAAGGAAAUUUCAGAUGAAUUUAAAACAAGACGUCUUGUAUUGUCAUCUGACACAUCUUUGUGAUUUCGUUUCAAGCCCCCAGCACUACGAAUGCGACGCCGAUGUUUGAAGUAAUAAAAACACAUUUCAUCAACCACUAAUUUUUCAUGAACAGCUGUUUUGCGAAUGACAGAAGAUAAAACGUUGUUACUACUGAUGGAAAAAAAGAUAAUCAGUAAUUACAUUCAACGCGAUUGCAGUUUCGUAACUGAUUUAUAUAUCUGGUGUACGUGACCAUCCUUAGGUCAAUGAAUCUUAAACAUUGUAAUUAAUCAAGAAUUAAUCUUGAACUAAAAAAAUGUAUGUGGUAUUGUACACAUUCAUUCGACGAAGUGAUUCGACUUCUGUUAAAAUGCACUUGUCAUUUGAGAAACUCUUCACGCUCAUAAAAUGCACUUUUAAAUUACAGUGAUAUAAUUUCAACGCUGUAAGUAUACUUGAUAAAUGGUUACAUGUGUAUUUCUGUUCGAAGGGGCGAAACCGAUGUGCACCUUACAUGUGACCAAAUAUAUAACCGAUACAGUUAUUUUAAUUCAAACAUGCAAUUCAUAUAGACUUUGCUUGUACGGAGAUGUGAGAAAGUUUACGGAAGAAAUGAAACUAGAGGAUGAAACCACUCUUCAUUGUCUCCACACUGGGGGCAUUAUUUUUGGCUGUGAUUUACCUGUCAGAAUGGUUAUCAACAUUUCUUAUUAUUGGUGGAAUAUUUGUAAUUGCUGUAGGGUUGGCAAUCCUGGUUACUGCACAUUUGUCCCUUGUAACAAGAUCAACUUCUUCAAUUAUAUAUACAAAGCCAACACCUGAACUUGAAGCUAUGCAUAAGUAUCUGACAGAACUGGAACCCAAACUUGAUGGGUCUGUCAGAUUACCAGUUAUAUUUGGAAGGAUGAUUGAUGGCAUACUGCAACAGUUGCUGGACCUGAUUCUUCGGGAUUAUGUUGGGGCUUGGUGCAAUGAGGCAGGCUUCAAAUCUGAUGAACUGAUUCAAGACCUAAAGGUUGACUUGUGGCAUGUAACAAAGAAUCUGCAGGAAAGACUAUCAAAGAUAGAUCAGGCAAGACUGGUUGCAGUUGACAUGGUGAACGUAGUUACAAAGCAUUUUGAACGAAUAAGAUUAGCUCAGCCAUCAGCAACAGAUGGGAAGCUGGUAGAAUUUAACCUCUCUACACAUCUGACAUCAUCAGCUAGAGAACGAGAUUACUUGCGCAGGGUGUCAGAGCGAUGCAUUGCUCUUCUUUUUCCACCAAACUAUAUACAGAACAGUCCAGUCAAACAUUUACUGCGUGAAAUUCUAGCAUGUAAAGUGUUUUAUCCAGUCAUUAACAUCAUGACUGACCCAGAUUCUAUUAAUCAGAAAAUUCUAACAUACAUUCAACAGCAACCAGAGUCGGAGACUCUUCGCAAGAAAACAUACGCAUAUGCUGCAAGUUUUGAAGAUUUUAUAAAAAUGAUCAAAGAUUCUAAUGAUACCGAGGUACUUAAACAUAUCCGAUACAACAUUGUUACUGAAAUAAUGCAAGCAACAACUAUCCACAAUUUGAAAAAGUCUAAAGGGUUGAACCCCGACAAAGAAGUGUUCUCCUUCGGUACAGGAAAGGGUGAUAUGCUUCAGGCCCGACAAGUGAAGAGGUAUAUUAAUCAAUUGACAUAUGCGAAAUGCCAAUGUGAGAAUCGGUUACGUCUACUGGGUUGGAUGGGUUAUCCUGUAGAGGAAGCAGUUGAAGCUAGUACAAUGAUCACUAGGAAGAUAUUAACACUGCCAGAAGUGUUGGAGAGCGUGGUUGGUCGCAGAUAUCUGACACAGUUCCUGGAACAGAUUGGCAGUGCAUCUUUGAUGGGCUAUUGGAGUGCAGUGGAGGAACUUCGCCAGUCUGACCGCUUUCAUUGGCAUCAACUUGGAGCGGAGAUAUUCUAUACAUACAUAAAUACACCAUCUCCAGACAUCAGAGUAGAUAAGCCAGUUUUGAAGAAAAUGGAAGGCUUUCUUCUGGGAGACAAAGGUCCUGAAGUUUUCUAUGAAGUUCAGGAAGAAGUAAUAAAAACCCUUGAAGAGAAAUUUUAUCCUUCAUUCAUUGUUUCUGAUCUUUAUCAGAAGAUGCAGACAGCCAUGGAAGAGGCCAGCAACUCAGAGAAAGAUGAUCCAGCUGAAUCACAGCCGAUGUUUGACAGCUCAGGAUUAGGAAGGGAGAACUCAACACUUCACGUUGUUGACCAGUCUAAUUAUGCCAGGCGGAAACUUGAUCAAUUACAAGAGAAACUGAACAAUAAAAUGCAGGCUCUACAAGCCUUAAGGACAUCAUUGAAGCCAGAAUCCAGAGUACUUGUAGUCCUGGAGAAGGAAGUGGAGCAACUACAAGGGGAAAAGUGUCAGUUAGAAGCACACCUCACCCGGACAGAGGCCUGGGGUGAGCAUUUGGGGCAGUGGAGAGCUGUUGUACAGUCAGCAGAGUUGUCAGAAGACAAGGAAUUACUGCAGUUUGUAUUGGUGGUACAUAUUCUGGAAGAUGUGUUAGAUAAUGAAGGAAUUUCAACUGGUUGGGUUGUUUUAAGAACACUCUCUGACUUUCAGGAACUCCAUCGUAAAUUGUGCCAUAUGAACUCAAGAGUGAAAAGUUUGGAACUUCCUUCCCAGCCACUGAAGUUUCGGUUUGGAAAAGGAACGAGUUUCCUUGAAAAGGCAAAAAUGCAGAUUCAUAAGUAUUUAAAGUUUGUCCUGGAAGAUGACAGACUGAAUCAAAGCGAAGCCUUGUACACCUUCUUAAGUCCAAGCUCUGCACAUCUAAAGCAAGCUUCACCUUCUCCAAAGAAGUCCAAGUUCUCACUUUCAACACUCUUUAAGAGCAGUGCAGAGCAGAUUCGUGAAGCAUCCACUUCUGGUUCUGCUGCUAGAGACAGUGAUGAGGAAGAUGUUACGCUUCUGUUGGAUGAUAACGAAGUAAAGAGCCUUGUGUCCGGAGAGUCAGGCAUGGAUGGGAUUGCAGAACCUCUGUACAACCUACUGGGAGAGGUGUUUGACCUCCAUGGUGUCUUCAAGUGGCUCAGAAAAACUCUCAUCACAUUUGUACAGAUCACAUAUGGCAGAACAAUAAACAGGCAAGUGUGUGAAACAGUGAGUUGGUUGUUUUCUGAACCAAUGAUGUACUAUUACAUUAAGUUGUUAAUAAAAUCUUGGUGGCCAAAUGGAAAGCUGAUGACAGCUUCAUCACCAAGGACAGAAGAAGAGAAGAUGAGCACAAGGUGUGAUGCUCGUGAGCAGUUUCUCAACAACAUUCCUGAGGUGCUGAGUAACUUGGUAGGUCAGCAGAGUGCACGAAGAGGGGCCAUGAAGGUUUUUGAGACACUUCAGGAUCCAAGGCUGAACAAGCAGCUCUUCUAUGAUCUGUUUGAAAUGUUGCUGUUCGAGUUAUGCCCAGAGCUUAAAGACCAGUGAUGAAGCACAUUCCAAAAUCAGACACAGUAUGUAUGUGUGUGUGUGUAUGUGAGGGAGAUUGUAAACUAAAUCCAUGAGAAAGAUAAAUUAUUACUGGGUAUAUAGAAAAAAGAUUCUGAGAAAAUGUUUACAAAAUAAGUGAUGUAUUUCUAAUGCCCAGGAUUUCCAUAUUUUGCCAAAGAAUAUAAAUAUUGCAUAUUCUU